AAGAGUGUGUUUAUACAUGAACGUGUAAGGGAAAGAGAGAUCGAGACAGAGUGUGUGUGUGUUGGUGACACACAUUCAUAACUCAGGGAAAGAGGAAGAAAGACCAAAAGCUGCUGACAAACACAUUAUAAUGAUACUUUGUGUUGUGGAUUUAAAAGCUUUUGGAUUAUCAAAUCACUGGAUUGUACAGAGCAGGACAGAACCUGGAGAUCAUGGAGCCUGUGAGUGCUGUGUCAGCACUGGCUAACCAGUCACAGCACAGCAAUUCCUCCCUGGUCCCUGAUUGGUCGGGGAGAUCUUCGGAGUAUAGUGAUGGUGAGCUCGUGCUGCUGGGUGCUGCAAUGGCCAUUCUGGUUCUGGCCAUAGUUUUUGGUAACGUGCUGGUGAUUACAGCCAUCCUGCGGUUCCAGCGGCUCCAGACAGUCACCAACCUCUUCAUUGCCUCGCUGGCUGUUGCUGACCUCAUCAUGGGUGUAGCCGUGGUCCCCUUUGGCUCCAUCUACAUCCUGCUAGGAGCCUGGCAGUUUGGAAACUUCAUGUGCGAGUUCUGGACAGCAACUGACGUGCUGUGUGUGACGGCCAGUAUUGAAACAUUGUGUGUGAUCGCUCUGGAUCGCUACCUCGCCAUCACCUUGCCGCUCCGCUACCCAACUCUGCUCACCAGGGGUCGGGCCUUUGCGGUGGUCCUCGGGGUUUGGGUAGUAGCCUCCCUCAUCUCCUUCCUGCCCAUCCACCUGAAGUUGUGGGUGUCUGGCGAUGAGGAAGCUCUCCGGUGCUUGGCUGACGAGUACUGCUGCGAUUUCAACACCAGUGCGGCAUACGCGGUGUCUUCCUCAAUUGUGUCGUUCUACCUGCCGCUGGUGGUGAUGAUUUUCCUGUACACCCGGGUGUUCCAGGAGGCCCAGAAACAGCUGGAGAAGAUCAGAGGGAGGGAGAGGCACUUCGAUAACUUGCAUUACACUGCACAGCUGGCUUAUCCCGAUGAUAGCCCUGGGAUGAAUAAACUCACUGAGGAAGGAGAACAAGCGGGAGAGGACAGACUAAACAUGCAGAAAAUAGGAGGUAUAGACACUGGAAAGGAGGAAAGGGGAGGCGAGACCAAGCAAAAUGGAGGAGAGAACAGAGCAAGGACAGAAAAACACCCUGCCACAAAGCGUCAUAAGUUCUGUCUUAAGGAGCACAAGGCUGUGAAAACUCUGGGGAUCAUCAUGGGAACCUUCACAUUGUGCUGGCUGCCCUUCUUCAUCCUCAACAUCCUCAUGACCUUCUUCAAUCUGGGUGACAUUAAGCUGCUCUUCAGACUCCUCAACUGGCUCGGAUACUCCAACUCAGCUUUCAACCCGCUUAUUUAUUGCCGCAGCCCCGACUUCAGGCACGCCUUUCAGGAGAUACUCUGUUUGAGGGGCAAGAGGGGAAAAUGGGGAGGGAGGAGAGGAUGGGGAUGUUGCAGAGAGAGAGAUCGUUACUCAAAGCCCUCGUGUCGGACAGCAGGGGACUCGGACCAUAAUGGCGUUAGGGGGUUGGAUGUUCAACUGAGGUCAGGGUGGAAGGGCAGUCUGGAGAGCUCCAUUCGAGACAGCUCACUGACUCUGGCUCCUGCAACAUCUUGUUCUGAGCAGGUUUUAGAAGUAGCUCCAGGUUCCCUGACAAACUGGCAGACUAAUAGUUCUGCAGUUGGGAGCCAUAAGGAUAAUCUGGCUUCUACUGCUUGACCAAUUAAGAGAUUGUACUUUACAUUGUUUGUACAAAGCUGUGCAGUAAACACUUUGAUGAAGCUUAUAAUGUUCGUUUUUGGUUGUAGAAUGACUCAACCUUUUGCUAUUUUAUGAGGCUGUGGUUAUCUAAUAUUCCGUUGAGUGUGCUUCGGUCAGUGUCACUGGGUUUUACUUGUAAUCACUGUUCCUCUUUGCUGCUGCAGAUUGAUAAUUCCAGUUUCAUAAUGUAGAUCACAACUACAAAGGCAGCUACACAAAUGAAACUUUAAAAGAGGACUUAUACCUUUAAGUGAAAUUUCGAGGCAUCACAAUGCAAUUUUUUGAGGUAAAAAGAGGCCAAUUACUUAAUGCCUGCAUUGCUGGUGCAUCAGUCUCAAACACUGCAAAAGUGUGCAAAAUGUGCAGCUUCAAAAAUCACGAAAAUGCACCAAAAAAGUGAAAUCUAACGUUAUGAGCUUCACCAAACUGAUGCUUACAACAAGGCUGGUGUAUUGGAAGAUGUUUCUUAUUUUGUCCACCUUCCUGUUAAUACCAAAUGGAUAACAGAUAGGUGUUAUGAUGGACUGCAUAUAAAUGAAAUGCUACUGAAAUAAAGGACAAAUAGGAGCAAAUAUCCAAUUCUGCUGUUACAUGUACUGCAGAGAAUAAGUGAGAAGCUGACUACCGGAUAAUGAAAUUCCAAAAAGAGUAAUAAAAUAUGCAUUCUCAUGCAUUCGAUGAUGUUUCUUUACUGGCAGCAGUCAAAUAGGAAAAGCAAAAAGUGGCCUUUGCUUAGAAAUCCAAAGAAAUUAGCUUUGGCAGGAAGGUUGCUGGUUCAAAUUCCUGCACACUGACAGACUGGGAAGAGGAAAACAUGCAGCCCAAGAGACUGUAGCAGCAUCUACUGUACUGUAGGCUACCUACUGCAUACUCUACCUACCUACAGUAGGUAUCAUAGCAGUUGUGAAUGUGUAGCAGUGUUUUGCUUAAAAUGAGUUUGUGCUUAGAAAAGAUUAGACAGUUAAAAACAAUAAAACAGUUUUGUGUUUUAAACAUUGUGUAUUUUGGCAUCCCUGAUUGGCCAGUUUGGAUGACUGAGAUUCACAUGACUAAAGGUUCUUCUGCAUUUUUUAAAGCAAACCUGAAAUUCAUCUUCAAAUUUGAAUACAGCCUAAAAUAUCCAUGACUAAAGGGCCAACAAUCAAACAAACAAAAAAGAUUUUAAUAUAUUAAAAGUUUUACAGCUAAUUUACUUCAUCAGGACUGUGUAGGUGUGGUUGAUUAGAUUUGACUGACAGAAAUAACCCUCCAACUUUCAUCAGAUUGUGAUUAAAAUAUGACUACGCUCUGAUUGCUGCACAGACGGAAGUGACAACCUUUUUUCCAACUGAGCCUCACCCAUUAAAAAUCAGUGAAUAGAGCACAGACGAAAACUUAAAGGUGCCCUGUGGAGUUUUCUUGUAAACAAACAAAAGUUAUGUUUACAUUCACUGUUACUCACCAAAACUCAUUGUGUGCAUCCUUGUAAUAUAACAAAUAUGUUGAAUCCAUUUACUUCCUCAUAAAACAUUUGCAAAACUGUAAACUGUAAAGUACUUUAAAUCCUGCAUCAUUAACAUCCAUGUCUACUAGCUUGCAGUCUCCUUCUUCUCUGACUUUGUUGGCACAUUGCUGUGUAUUUUGGUGCAUCACAGCCACCUGUGGAUCAGUGGAAUUUUGUAAAAUGAUUGGUAGGACUCGUGUGCGCACAUGAGGCAAACAAAACGGGGACCCACUCAUGAAAAAAAUGUCUCUGUAGCGCUACCAGAGGUUAAAAACUCCUCAAGGAUCCUUUAAAUAGAGAAAUCUGUCAUGUGAAAUAAGUAACGCGGUUCUAACUUUGGAUGAAAAUACUGUGGUCUUGCAGGAUUCAAUCAGAAGCUGAUUAAGAGAAGAUUUCAGGGCCUUUAAGUUGAAUUUUAAUGAAUAUUUAGAUAGAUUAGAUAGAAGUAUGCCUCAGUAAGACAAAGACUACCUAUGGCCAAGCUGCCAUGUGACUUGACAGCAGCCACGGCCACAUUACCGAAGCCUCUAAAGUCAAAAACACACUGCUGCCAUGUGAUACGCAUCAGGUCAAGCUCAGUUAUUAUUUUCUGCAUAAACCCACAAGGCAAGAAACACAAGUGGGAAUUUAGCACUGCAUUUGCAGUUCUAAUAACCUCACCUGCCCUGCAAAAAGUGAAAAGCCGAACAUCCAGACAAAAUCUUGGUGAAGCAGAGAUAAAAAGAAAUAAAAUUUGUUUGACCUGUGGCUAAGAGGCUUACUUGAACAAGAGGGCAUCAUUUGAGGCUCACUUAUAAAACUCCAGAUUAUCAGCAGCCUGCCUGUUUUCAUUCCUUCCUGAUAAACCUCGUCGCUGGUCCAAAAUCAUUUACUGGUGUAUAUUUGGAUCUUCCAUAAACAUCCGAGAUCCAAACUUGUGACUAUCAUAACUUUUUCUGCCUGGGUCCGUUCCCUUUUAUCACGUAUUCGCUGAAACAAUUUUCCCUUUCUCUCUCUCCUAACAUCACCACCUACCCACUCUUUGCUUUUAUCAUGCCUGCUUUAGCUCUUUUGUAGUAAGAACAUUGUAAUCUGUCAGAGCUGGGGAGAUAAUUUUCAUGCAGUGGGAUCUGUUUCCAUAACAUUGUUUGUUGCACUCACUAUAAAAACAUAGCACUCAGA